CCCGGGGUCCUCGGCGCCUGCGCCCGCUCCUAUAAAGGCCGACGCCGCGCCGCGCCGCCGUAGUGGCCUUGUUCUCCGCCUUUCUUUUCUCUUAUCUGCGGCCGCUCUGUUCUUGUCAGCCUACAGCCCGCAGUCUGCCUGAGACCGAGCACCAUGCCUUCAAUUAAGUUGCAGAGUUCCGAUGGAGAGAUAUUUGAGGUUGAUGUUGAAAUUGCCAAACAGUCUGUGACUAUCAAGACCAUGUUGGAAGAUUUGGGAAUGGAUGAUGAAGGAGAUGAUGACCCAGUUCCUCUACCAAAUGUUAAUGCAGCAAUAUUAAAAAAGGUCAUUCAGUGGUGCACCCACCACAAGGAUGACCCCCCACCUCCCGAGGAUGAUGAGAACAAAGAAAAGCGGACAGAUGAUAUCCCUGUUUGGGACCAAGAAUUCCUGAAAGUUGACCAAGGAACACUUUUUGAACUUAUUUUGGCUGCGAACUACUUAGACAUCAAAGGUUUGCUUGAUGUUACAUGCAAGACUGUUGCCAAUAUGAUCAAGGGGAAAACUCCUGAGGAGAUCCGCAAGACCUUCAAUAUCAAAAAUGACUUUACUGAAGAAGAGGAAGCCCAGGUACGCAAAGAGAACCAGUGGUGUGAAGAGAAGUGAAAUGUUAUGCCUGACACUGUAACACUGUAAGGAUUGUUCCAAAUACUAGUUGCACUGCUCUGUUUAUAAUUGUUAAUAUUAGACAAACAGUAGGCAAAUGGCAGCAGCAAAUCAGUUUAAGCAGAAUAUUGUCCUCCUUGCAUGUGUAGUUUGAGUACAGAUUCCAAACUUAUGGCUGAGUUUCUUCUAGUAUGAUCAAAAGUUUCUUUUUUCUUUGCUCUAAAUAAACCUGAACUGUGGGUUCUCUGUAGAAGGUGGCAUUUUGGGCUUUCCAAAACUCCCUUUGUAAAGCGAUUUCUGCCUAGUUUAUUGUCUAGUUAACUUUAGUUUAAUGACCUUUUAAAAGUUGGCAUUGUAAAUAAAACAAGUUGAAAAAAGUUUUCUGAAAUAGAAUUAACAACAUAUUCUCUUUAUUCAUGAGUUGGAAACUGGAAAAAGGCUACCUGAGGUAAAUGUUUUGAGUGGGGUUAUUAGGAUGUCUUCCAGCUUCCUGGAGUCAAGGAGUACCACUGGUAUUGAUUAGCCUGUAUGUAGCAGGGCUCCUUUAAUUGGAUCUAAGGACUUGUUUUUGCAUUUUUAAUCCUCAGCUUUGAAUAUGUUGGCUAGAGACUCAGUUACUACUCAGUUUGUGGUUUUGGGGGAAAUAUAACUAGCGAGUCUGUUAGCUUUUCGAUUAAAAAAGGCAUAACCCAUGUGGUUAUGUCAUCUUAUAAUCAUUGAUCCCAUGUGGGGGAAACUUCACACUACUUGCAUGUAAAAAAUAAUUUAACCUUUAACGUUAAAAACCUAGAAAGCAUCCAUCAUGAAUGCAAGAUACUUUCAAUAAAAAAUAAGUUACGUAGUAGGUGGUAAAUGGUUUGCUUUUGUGUACUUAACUGUGUCUCUUCACUUACUAGUAAAUGAGUUAAGUAUAUGUACGGUUCUGUAGCUGGAGACAGCUUGCAGGCAGUUCUUGUCCUAGCUCGCUGGGGGCUGCUGACCUAACCCUUGGGUUCUGAUAGACUUGUGUCUCUUCUGACUGUCAUGAUCUGGUUCCCUGGAGCCAGUGCUUCAGUUCUUAACUGGUGCACGUGGCCGCACAGGACUGCACUCAUUGUUCCCAGCCUCUGCCCUACAGUCGAAGGAAGUUUUCUCGGUGCUUGAGAUGGCUCACAAAAUGUUACGUCUUUUUCGUUCCUCCUUGUGCUCCCUUUUCUCUUUCUUUCCCAUGUAGCAUCAUCUGUAUUCACAUGGAGUCCUACCACAUUCUCUUUGUGUUUACCGUGAGCUGUUUUGGCUCAGAUUAUUUGCUGAUAGUACUUUGCUUUUAUACUUCACUUCUCGUUUGCCCUGAAUCUGUAUCUUGUUUAAUAAAGUCCCAUAUACUGUCUCA